UUGAGAGGUUCUGRCUAGAUAUUGUUGGACUCACCUCGACGCACCGCAAUGGCUCUGGUACCAGUCUCAUCGAGAGGGUUGGACACUCUAGAGUUGGCCUUGCUGAGAGGCGCAGAGCAGGAGUGGGCAUACUUAUUGUCCCCCAUCUUGGCCAGACAGAACACGGUAAGAAAUAAAAAGGAAGAAAGUAAAAAUAGGUAUARGUAUAGGUAAUGAAUGGAUGGAGGCCUAGCUAUAGGGGCCAUCUUGACUGGGGUUUAGUGUUGUAAGAUUGCCUCAUUCUGUUGUGUCCUGAGAAAGAAGCAAUGAGCAUUAAUGACUCACCUUUCUUUUUAUCACUUAUUUGCUCCAGUGAACAACGUGCAAACAUCAAUACCUGAGGCAGCUCAUUGCUCUCAGAGCCAGGUAACAGAGUGAAUCCAGAGCAUGACUGAUCCUGAAACUGUCCAGGAGUUGAAAGGACAUUUACACUAAACAAGACAUUGAUCUGCAUUUCCAUUCACUCGCUCCGACUCAUUUCAUCAAAUUGGCGUGACCUAUCGCUGCCUGCAUUGUUCAGGAGCACCAAGGGGCCCCCAUCCCCUCACACUGGAGGUAUAAAUACAGGGGGGAAGAAGUAGAUCCAGCAAUUAGCCCCAUCUGCUGACUGUGUAACUAUCGGAUUUGACCGGACCUCUGGCAUCAUGAAUGGUUUCCGAAGCAUGACGUUAACCCACACGCUCACACUCCUUCUGCUGGCAUCUUUUAUCUCCCAGUCAUGGAGCGCGCCUAAGGGCUCAUUCCAGAGAAGAAACUGGACCCCACAGGCCAUGUUGUAUCUGAAGGGAACACAGGGUCGACGGUUCAUCUCUGAGGACAGAAAAGAAGGAGAUGUCUAUGACACCUUACACUUAGAGACUCGCAGUCAGAACACAGAGAAACUCAGUGUGGAUCAGGCCGCCAUGGUGCUUCUCAACUUCCUGCAGCAGGCUAGAGAGGGAAACCCAGAUGAAGUUAUUUUCCAGGAGCUGCCGGUGUGGAAGAGAGAAUACUUCUGAUAAAGUUUAAAAAGCUGUCCCUUCUGUCUGUUUGCUGUAAAUAGGAAUCCUCUCACCCUGUAUUUUAAUAAAA